AUGAAGCUCUCUCUUCUUCCCAGUAUUCUUUUUACCGCCACUGGGCUGGCCGAGUUUGUUCGCGUUCCCCUACCCGAGCCAUUGGAUUGGGUGGCCAGUAAAGAGUUAAACUCGCGACACGUCUGCAAAGACUUACAUGCACCUUAUAGCCAGUACAAUGCUGAAACUUGGGCGGAUCGAGUUUUAGGCGUGUGCAACAGCACACUCUGUGGGUGCACGUCCACCCUUAGCUAUUCUGAGCUUGUACACUGGGGUAUAGAGCGUCCUUAUUGGGUUGGGCGUAUGUUUACUGGUGCCAGUACUACUGCAUUGGAUUAUGAUAGGAAGCAUGGAAUUGAGGACUCAAUUGCGUAUACCUCGACCUCUUGGGAAGAAUAA